AUGGAGAACCUAUCCAUCGCCGAUGCCUCUCCACAGGGCCGCGGUGCGCCGCAACCGCUCCCACAGCUGCCGCCUCAGAUGUUCACCACUGCAGCGCAGCUCCUGGAUCUCACAGACACCAAUCUCGUCCUCCAAUCUACCGUCGAACGUAUCUUCGCGCCCUCCCCCGAGUCAGCAGGUAGCGAUCGACCAACGGGUCUGUACGCCGAUAUAAAUCACGGCAUAUUCCUCGUCCGAGGUGAAAACGUGCUCCUCCUUGGUGAAAUCGAUCUCGACAGGGACGACGAUCCGCCUCCUGGCUUUGAGCCCGGAGACCUAGACGUUGUCAAGAAGCUCGCAGAGGAGAAGAAAGCCGUCGACAAAGCAAGGGAGAAGGCGCGAGUCAAGAAGCUUGCGAAGCAGGGCUUUGAGGGGGAGAACAUUGGCGAGAUUGUGCUUUAG